GGCAGUGUAUAAAGCCAGCUGCUCUCUUUGUUCCUUAUUUACACGCUACUGUUUGUGUAAGCUGUGGGCGCCGAGCUAUAGCCGUGUAUCGUCGGCAUUUGAAACCAGUUUUCUUUGUUAAACGUUAUUUUAUUUCGUGUCCUGUUCACGGAGUAUGUUUUUUAAGUGUCUGUUUUCUGAGCUGUUUUCUAUGGAAGAACAAGGCAACCAGAUUAUAGUUGAAAGUAAUUUCAACCAGAGGGACGCUUUUAGAGAAUCUUGACUUUGUCUGGCUUCAUUGCCCGGGGUCUCUUGAGUGAAGAGCUGGGUGGAGUUCACCUAUCUUGUUUUCACAUCAUUGGUCUUCAAGAUCCUUUUUCCAGCUACUAAUUCCAGCAAAUAGAAAAAUGGUUGGCUUCAGACCUGCGGAUGUGCCCCCAACAGCUGCUGUGAAGUUUAUCGGCGCUGGUACUGCAGCAUGCAUCGCUGACUUGGUCACCUUUCCUCUAGACACGGCCAAAGUUCGGCUCCAGAUCCAAGGGGAGACCAGUGGUACUGCGAAAGCUAGUGCUGCCCAGGCGAUGAAGUACCGUGGCGUGUUUGGCACCAUUGCCACCAUGGUGCGUACAGAAGGGCCACGGAGUCUCUACAAUGGCCUGGUCGCUGGACUGCAGCGCCAGAUGAGCUUUGCUUCUGUCCGCAUUGGCCUGUAUGACUCGGUUAAGCAGUUUUACACCAAAGGAUCUGAUCAUGUGGGGAUCGGUAGUCGCCUGCUGGCAGGCUGCACCACUGGUGCAAUGGCCGUUGCUUUGGCUCAACCAACAGAUGUGGUGAAGGUGCGUUUUCAGGCUCAGGUCAGCGCUGGUGCUGCAAACAAACGCUACCAUGGCACCAUGGAUGCCUACCGAACCAUUGCCAAGGAGGAGGGUUUUCGUGGACUGUGGAAAGGAACCGGCCCAAACAUCACCCGCAAUGCCAUUGUGAAUUGUACUGAACUGGUGACUUAUGACCUCAUCAAAGAUGCUCUUUUGAGAAAUACACCAAUGACUGAUGACCUUCCAUGUCACUUCACAUCUGCAUUUGGGGCUGGUUUCUGCACCACAGUGAUUGCUUCGCCAGUUGAUGUUGUGAAAACAAGAUACAUGAACUCUGCUCAUGGCCAAUACAGCAGUGCCCUGAACUGUGCUCUGGCCAUGUUGACCAAGGAGGGGCCUAUGGCCUUCUAUAAGGGGUUUAUGCCUUCUUUCCUGAGGCUGGGCUCCUGGAAUGUGGUGAUGUUCGUCACCUAUGAACAGCUGAAACGUGCCAUGAUGGCGGCUCGCCAAAAUUGGUCUACUCCUCUGUAGGUCACUAGGGGUUCUGUGGUGAUGUGCCCUUUUCUGUUUAACUCUUAUUAACUCCCCCUUAAAAGCCCCACUGAUUUCCCAGUUACAUUCAUUCAAGUGUAUCCCGGACUAGAAAGCUGGUCUUGAUUCUUUCUCUUGUCUAUUUUUAGCUCUUUUUUUUCUUUUUUUCUUUUUUUAAAAGCUUGCUAAUAAAGUUUUUAAAAUAAAGCAGUGUUUUAUUUCUCAGAA